CGCACGAAGAUUAAGAAAAGAAAAACCCCAGAGAAACUUGUGUGAGGGUGUUCAGGAGAGCGGGAGAGCGGCCCCGUUAUGCCCGGCUUCACGUGCUGCGUGCCCGGAUGUUAUAAUAACUCGCACCGGGACCGCGAGCUCCGGUUCUACACCUUCCCGAAGGACCCGACACAGCGCGAGAUCUGGCUGAAGAACAUCUCCCGGGCCGGAGUGAGCGGCUGCUUCAGCACCUUCCAGCCCACCACCGGGCACCGCGUGUGCAGCGUGCACUUCCCCGGGGGCAGGAAGACCUACACCAUCCGAGUCCCGACGCUCUUCCCGUUACGCGGCGUGAACGAGCGGAGAAGUCGGCGCGGCAGGGGCAGGAAGGUCCACGCUGCGUCUGCGCCCGCGUCUGCGCACGUCCUCACCAGCGCCGGGGCGAACCACAGAGAGGGGCAGGACGAGCCCGAGUUCCUGGUGCAGAUCGGACAGAACGGGGAGUACAUCACACCCGUGUCAUCUUCAUCAUCGUCGUCAUCAGUACCGGUAUCGUUACCGGCGGAGGGCUCGUGCACGGCGCUGAAGUCCGAGGACGCGGAGGUGUUGGUGGUUCCGGUGGUGUCGGUGGUGCCGGUGGUGCCGGUGGUUCCGGAUCAGCCCGGUCCGCUGCUGGCGCUGUGCGGGGAGGAGCACUCGUACUCCCUGACCACCGGCACCACCUCGGCGGAGCUCCUGAGGAAGCUGAACGAGCAGCGGGACAUCAUCGCGCUCAUGGAGGUGAAGAUGAAGGAGAUGAAGAACACCAUCCGCCAGCUGCGCGUGAGCGAGGCGCGCCUGCAGGAGGAGCUGCGCGAGCGCGACCGCGCGAUGUGUGGGAUCGGCUCGGUCCGGAAGAAAGUCUGACAGACACACACACACACACACACACACACACCGGGCCGAGGACUGGGACAGGACAGUAUGGGUGGGGUGUGUAGGGGUGUGAGUGUGUGAGUUUAUUUGUGUUUUAUUUUUUUUUAUUUUUUUUUUUUUUGAAGUUUCAGUGUUAAAUCACUAGGACUGGUUGAUCUUUCGUGACGUUUUUACCACCUGUACAACCUGUGUGUGUGUGUGUGUGUGUUGAGCUUCUGGGUGAUCGUCAAUGACGUCAUAAAAUCACCAGGAAAACAUCAUUAUUAUAUUCUCAUUGUUUUAAUACCCAAGAAAGGAAUAACAUCAUCACCAUGGCUUGUCAAUAUGCACGCGUAUGCAACUAUGGACACGCCCCCAGCCAUAAUAUCAUCACAUAAUGUUUCUAACAGGGACAGAAAGAAGAUUCAACGAAAUUCUCACCGCAUCGCCCAGCCCUACAUGCUCAGACUAGAAAGGGUACCGAACAGUCCCGUACUUUGGCACUAGGUCACUUUUCCUACAGUUCAAGGUAAAAUAUAUCAACUAAAGAUACCGAAUGUGUCCUCGUCAGAGAUAGUUCCCCCACACACAACAAGGGAGUACGCCACACCAAGUUAAGGACUUUAGGACUUCUGUUUCACAUCUUUAAGGCGAUGAUGUCACUUUCUGUGACAAACCAACUUCCUGUCUGUUCCUUGGAAAUGCACUGAGGUUUUCCAUUUGCAACACAAAACCCAUCAGUGUUUUGGUUCUGAUCCGAUACCGCUGCCGUCUCUGUAAGAAAUUAGAAACUUGUGGACAGCGUAGAUCUUUUUAAAUCAUUAAAAUCAAUUGUUGAAAAUAUAUUAAGUAAUUAAGUAAUGAAUACAUACUGCAACUUAACAUCUAAUUGGAUAUCUUGCAUCAUAAAUAUUUAUAAUUCUGGUCACGCCCACAUGACCUGCUGACCUUCCUAACUGCCCAAUAUGAUAAUGUAAUGGAGAAGUACUAACCGGUUACCUGCUGAAUCAGACGAGAGAUUCCAGUAUCAGAGGCUCAGCAGACGAGUCUGUGAGGAGAAUACACUGAGAUUUGACCCUGGGUGACCUGCAGCCUGAGGAACACCAUAGUGUGCAGUGUGCAGGACUGACUAAAGCAUGUACAGUAGACAAUUCUAGACUCUUCACGACUACCAGCAUGAUCGCUCUCUCUGUCUCUUACACUCUUCCAUCAUUUGACGAGACUCAUCACAAUGUAUUUAACGUCCUGUUUGUCAUAUUUUGAUACGAUCUGGAAAUUCAACCCAAAUCUUCACUGAUUUCAAAAACAAAUUUAGUCUAUUUUCUGAUGUCGUGAUCCUGUAAUUUUUCAGGCGCUUGUGGUAUUCUUAUUAAGAUGUUUGUGUUUUUAUUUUUUAUUAAAUUCUUGCAACUAUAAGUCUGACUGUGUCUUAUACCACUUUUAAAAUUUAACAAUCGUUCAUCAGCAUUAGGAGUCGGAGAUGAUAAC